UGUCCGCCGACUCGCCUUCAACUUCAGCAUGCAAAUACAGAGUGAGCUUACCCUGCUCAGUCACGGCAGCCCAGCUCCGAGAAACGUCAACCUUUGCCCUUCUUUCUGCGAGGGUUGUUCUCACAUCCAGGAAUGUUUUGGAAGUUAAUGAUGAGAGGAACUGGACUGCUGAGAGAAGGUGGCCCUGGCCAGGGCGAUCGCCACCUUGCAAGGUAAUCACUCACCAUGGCAGAAGCUCACCAGGCUGUGGCUUUCCAGUUCACUGUCACCCCAGACGGGAUCGACCUCCAGCUGAGCCAUGAGGCCCUGAAGCAAAUCUGUCUCUCGGGACUUCAUUCCUGGAAGAAAAAGUUCAUCCGAUUCAAGAAUGGCAUCCUCACCGGCGUCUUCCCAGCCAGUCCCUCCAGCUGGCUCAUUGUGGUGGUGGGCGUGAUGUCGUCCACCUACACCAAAAUGGACCCCUCCUUGGGCAUGAUCGCGAGAAUCAGUCGGACCCUUGGCACGACUGGCCGCCUGUCCACCCAGACGAAGAACGUGGUGAGCAAUGUCCUCUUCGGCACAGGGCUGUGGGUGGCUCUUAUCGUCACCAUGCGCUACUCCCUGAAGGUGCUCCUGUCCUACCAUGGCUGGAUGUUCGCUGAGCACGGCAAAGUCAGCCGCUCCACCAAGAUCUGGAUGGCCAUGGUCAAGGUCUUUUCAGGCCGAAAGCCCAUGUUGUACAGCUUCCAGACAUCUCUGCCUCGCCUGCCUGUCCCCACCAUCAAGGACACAGUGAGCAGGUACCUGGACUCGGUGAAGCCUCUGAUGAAGGAGGAGGAAUUUCAGCGGAUGACGGCGCUUGCCCAAGAUUUCGCCGUCAAUCUCGGACCAAGGCUACAGUGGUACUUGAAGUUAAAAUCCUGGUGGGCCACAAAUUACGUGAGCGACUGGUGGGAGGAGUACAUCUACCUGCGGGGCCGCGGCCCACUCAUGGUGAACAGCAAUUACUACGCCAUGGACCUGCUCUACGUCACCCCGACUCACAUUCAGGCCGCAAGAGCCGGGAACGCCAUCCACGCCAUUCUGCUUUACCGACGCAAGCUGGACCGGGAGGAGAUCAAGCCGAUUCGUGUCCUGGGGACGAUCCCGCUCUGCUCAGCACAGUGGGAGCGCUUGUUCAACACUUCUCGGAUCCCCGGGGAGGAGACAGACACCAUCCAGCACUUGAAGGACAGCAGACAUGUCGUUGUGUACCACAGGGGACGCUACUUCAAGGUCUGGCUCUACCACAGUGGGCGGCUGCUGAAGCCCCGGGAGCUGGAGCAGCAGAUGCAACGGAUCUUGGAUGACCCGUCAGAGCCGCAGCCCGGGGAGGCCAAACUGGCCGCCCUCACCGCUGCAGACAGGGUGCCCUGGGCCAAGUGUCGCCAGGCCUAUUUUGGACAUGGGAAAAAUAAGCAGUCCCUGGAUGCCGUGGAAAAAGCAGCGUUCUUCGUGACGUUAGAUGAAACCGAGCAAGGGUAUAGGAAGGAAGACCCUGAGGCAUCCUUGGACAGCUAUGCCAAGUCUCUCUUGCAUGGUCAAUGUUUGGACAGGUGGUUUGACAAGUCCAUUACAUUCAUCGCCUUUAAAAACGGCAAAACGGGCAUGAACGCGGAGCACUCCUGGGCAGACGCGCCCAUCGUGGCCCAUCUGUGGGAGUAUGUCUUGGCCACUGAUGUCUUUGCCCUGGGCUACACAGAGGAUGGACACUGUAAAGGGGAUACCAACUCCAGCAUCCCCUACCCUACCAGGCUGCAGUGGGACAUUCCAGAAGAAUGUCAGGAGGUCAUGGAGACGUCCCUGAGCAGCGCAAGGCUGCUGGCAAGCGACGUGGACAUGAACUCCUUCCCCUUCCACACCUUUGGCAAAGGGCUGAUCAAGAAAUGCCAAACCAGCCCAGAUGCCUUCAUUCAGCUUGCCCUGCAGCUGGCACAUUACAAGGACAUGGGCAAGUUCUGCCUCACCUACGAGGCCUCCAUGACCCGGCUCUUCCGAGAGGGGCGGACAGAGACCGUACGCUCCUGCACCACAGAGUCCUGCAACUUCGUGCUGGCCAUGGAGGACCCCUCACAGACAGUGGAGCAGAGGCUCAAGUUGUUCAAGCUGGCGUCCGAGAAGCAUCAGCACAUGUACCGCCUCUCUAUGACGGGCGCUGGCAUCGACCGCCAUCUCUUCUGCCUUUACGUGGUGUCCAAAUACCUCGCCGUGGACUCCCCCUUCCUUAAGGAAGUGUUAUCUGAGCCUUGGAGGUUGUCAACGAGCCAGACCCCUCAUCAACAGAUAGAGCUGUUUGACCUUGAGAGGAAUCCACACCACGUGUCUGGUGGAGGGGGCUUUGGGCCGGUGGCUGACGAUGGCUAUGGCGUGUCGUACAUCAUCGUGGGGGGGAACUACAUUCACUUCCACAUUUCCUCCAAGUUCUCCAGCCCCGAGACGGACUCUCAUCGCUUUGGAAAGCACCUGAGAGAAGCAAUGAGUGACAUCCUCGCCUUGUUUAAGCUCACCGCUAAUUCCAAAAAGUAAUUCCACUAGGCCGCACAGUGAGGGAAAAUGGACUCUUGUGACACAAACCAAAUGAAGAAUAGGUAUUAAUCCUGAUCCUAGUUCAGGAUGAAAAAUUGCUCUUAGAAAACUUAAAGAGUUUUCCUUCCAGAAAGCAUUUAUUGUUUUUGUCUCUCUAGAACGGUGGGCUCCACCGUGUGAAGUGUAACCCUACCACUUCCAAGCCUGGCCUUGCUUGGUCCCCGAAGCCUUUGCAUCGGCUCAUACUUAUUCAUGAAGGAAUGAGUGGGGUUGUGGCUCACACAUGGGAAGUGGAAGGGCUGCACUUCCCCGACGGUAACAAAAUGGGUGUUUAACUUCACCCUGUGGACUUUUGCAUUUAACUUGUGAAAAGAGAAAGUGUCACUGGCAUUGGCAGUGACAGUAGUUCCAGCUCACUAUAACAAGCUAGUGGAAAACACCAUGCUUAGGGGUGGUGUCCACCCAGUGGGUGACUGUCACCGUCCCAGUUGGUAAUCUGCACUUGCAUCUCCAUGUUUGAAGCAACCAGAGUACCACCAUGGUCCCAACUUGCAUGUCCUCAAAACCCAGUGCCUUAAGACAAAAGGUCCUCAGAGCCAGGGGGCUGCCAGAGGGCUUGAGGAGUCUUUGGGGGGAGUUGUGGGGUGCUGCUGCUCCCCUCUCAGCUUACUGAGUAUGGGUGACCCUACAGACCGCUUGCUAUGCUUUCCCAGCCCUCCCAGGGCAGGUGUCCCUCACUAGCCUCCUUCCUGUCAUCAUUAGACAACAAAAGAAAUGACAGGUGUGUGAGAGAAGGGGAGCGAGUGACAUGAUACCCAGAGACUUAGCUGAGGACACACCUUGGUGUGCGCUCGGGAUCACAGCUUCCCCAAACCCAGCAAACUAAAGAGCAUUAGCACUUCCCCACAUGACGGUGAGGAGAGCAAGACACUGGCCACCAAGAACUGAGCAGAAUUGGGGGAAGGGCAGGUGGCCUCAUGGUGGUCAGGAGUCGGGUGCCACACGCCAGCAGGGUUUCCUUCUCAUCCCUCCUGCCUGAGAAAACAACCCCUCAUUUCCAGAGAAGCCAGAGGUGGCUGCACACAGUAGGUUGGGUCAUCUUGGUGACAGAGCAAAGGGUUGCAAGGCACGGUGCUAGGUCCACUCAUCACACCCUUCGAGAGGAGUGACCACAAAGCAAUUAUGCACUGAGUCAUCUUCAGCAUUUAAUGUAAACAUAGAGCAUCACAGAGCGACAUCCCCGCCUCUGGCCUGUCGUGACAAGCCUUAGCUGUCCCGUUUUGAAGUGUAUUUAUUUCUCUGACCACUCAGUUAGUCCUCGCUCGGCUCGCUCUCUUCCUGCUUCUGCAGGGCUGGCGGCGUUGGCGAGGGGGGCUUGCUCAAAGCACAUCCGCAUAGAAUGGGUGUACAUUUUGUAAUGUAAAAUUCCCACCUCUUAAAAGCAAGAAAGAAUGAACACAAAAGGCAAAAACAAGAAAAAAACUGACUGUGCAGUCAGGCAGGUUCUGGGGGGAGUGGCCCCGUCCUCCCAGGCUGAGUGUCGCUUCCAGCCACGAGGCCCAGCAGCCUCCAUCAGAGCCACCUAAGUCCCACGCUAGUGACUGCUGACCAAUCUGUGUUACCAUGUGCUCACAUGAAUUCCAGUGUAGAUGUGUUAGUGCUCAAACGUGUUUGGGCUUCUCUCUCAGGUUUUAAAUGUUUCUAGUGUAAUCGUUGCUAAUCAGUGCAGCUGUCAAUGCAAUUUUCUAUUCCUUAAAAGGGGAAAGAAUGGGUUUUUAUUGUACAUGUCGGAAAGGGGGAGGUAAGAGUAUUCUGUAUAAUUUGGAACAAACUGUAGUUUACCACAGCUGUGGCUUGAAUUCCUGUCUUAAUCCGUGCAUUACAUGUAAAUACCAUGUGCUCCUCCUUGGAUGUAAAUCUUAUAAAUGCACAGCAUGGAUGUAGGGUACCCUUAAUAAAACAUUACCCCUGUC